AUGACGGACCUAUCUCAUAAAGGUGUCACCGAAAAGAAAGCACACUACGCCCAGCAUAUUGAAGACGUCGAGAAGGCCAGUCAAGUCCCACAAUAUGACCGGUUUGGAGCUACGGCCAAGGUCGAUCCCAAGGAAAUUGCCCUUGUCAGGAAGAUCGACUGCUAUAUGAUGCUAACGGUCAAUCUGGCUGACGCUCUGGGCGAUGUAUUCCAAAAUUUUUUGGACCGCAAUGCCCUUGUCAACGGCAAGCUGAACAGUCCCGUUGAAGACGUGAACCUUAAGGGGACCGAGUAUAAUACCUGUGUUAGCAUUCUCUUCGUUGGGUACCUUGUUUGUCAGGUCCCGUCCAAUAUGCUGCUCAACCGUGUCAAGCCUGCGUGGUAUAUGGCCGGCUUUAUGAUGGCUUGGGCAAUCGUAUCGACCCUCGCAUGCGUCGUCAAAGACUACCAUGGCAUGCUCGCUUGCCGGCUAGUGCUUGGUAUCAUCGAAGCACCGUUCUAUCCUGGUGCUCUGUUCAUGAUUUCGCUUUUCUAUAACCGUAAAGAGGCUACCACGCGCAUGGCAGUACUAUAUACUGGAAAUAUGCUGGCCAGUUCUUUCUCGGGGCUCAUUUCCGCUGCUGUCUUUGCUACUCUCGAUAAGAAACAUGGACUUGCUGGUUGGCAGUGGCUGUUUCUGAUUCAAGGAGUCGUAACCGUGGUGGUGGCUGUUGCAUUCUUCCUCCUCCCAAACUCUCCUAAACAGACUCUUUGGCUCACACUAGAGGAGCGACAGCUCGCCCACGACAGGAUUGCGCGGGACACGACUCAGAAAGCAGAGGGCACGAGUGUCUGGACUGGGCUCCGCGAAGCAUGCUUGGAUUAUCGGACUUGGAUAUUUGCCUUGAUGUGCAAUCUUCAUUUCUCCGCCAACGGAUUCAAGAAUUUCAUGCCAACCGUUGUCGAAACGCUCGGGUUCAACUCGACAGUGACUCUUAUCCUCACCUGCCCGCCAUACAUCGUGGCGACUUUCACUUCAAUUGCCGUUUCUUGGUCUUCAGGACGUUUUAAUGAGAGAACAUGGCACGUCACGGUCUCCAAGCUACUAGCGAUCGUGGGGUUCGCAGUAGCUUGCGGGACUCUCAGCACGGGGGCACGUUACUUCGCCAUGAUCCUGUUCGUUGGUGCCACUUACGGGGUAAACAAUAUCAAUAUCGCCUGGGUGGCAGCAACGGUCGGACAAACAGACGAGAAGAAGGCCGUGGCUAUUGCAGUUACUAAUACUUUGGGAAAUCUUGCCAGUGUAUACACCCCAUACUGUGGCCAGACAGCGAUGCGCCAAGAUUCGCGCCUGCCAUGUACGCCAGCAUCGGGUUCUCCGCUGGGGUGGUAA